CGACGUCUCAGUCGCUUCUAUGAGGCCCUCUUUUGCACCGGCGCCGGGGCCGCUGCGAGAUGUCUGCGUGGAGUUAUCGCCGCUGAAGUUGCCGGGACCUGAAUCCGUGCAAGGCUCAGGCAUGGGGGUGAGCGGAGGGCCGGGAGGAGGCGCCUUCCUUUCCGAGCGGCUGCGGUUGCCUUUCUGCUGCCUGGGUGUCUUCGUCUGCUACUUCUGGUACGGCGUCUUGCAAGAGACAAUUACAAGAGGCAAAUAUGGGGAAGGAGAAAAGCAAGAGAAGUUCAGAUAUGCUCUGUCUUUGGUCUUCAUUCAAUGCGUGAUCAAUGCCAUUUUUGCUAGACUAUUGAUCCAGUUUUUUGAUACCGUCAAAGUGGACAGGACGCAGAAUUGGCUUUAUGCAGCUUGCUCCCUCUCCUACCUGGGAGCCAUGGUUUCCAGCAACUCCGCUCUGCAGUUUGUCAACUACCCAACUCAGGUCCUUGGGAAAUCCUGUAAACCCAUCCCUGUCAUGCUCCUGGGGGUGACGGUGCUGAGGAAGAAGUACCCAUUGUCCAAAUACUUCUGUGUCUUGCUGAUCGUCACAGGUGUAGCCCUGUUCAUGUAUAAGCCAAAUAAGGGAGGAAGCAGUGGGGACGACCACAUCUUUGGUUACGGGGAGCUCCUGCUGUUGAUGUCUUUGACACUGGAUGGGCUGACCGGAGUGUCUCAAGAUCACAUGAGAGCACACUACCAGACUGGCUCUAAUCACAUGAUGUUGAACGUUAAUCUAUGGUCCACUUUGUUCCUGGGAGCUGGUAUCUUGUUUACUGGAGAGCUUUGGGAGUUCUUGAGUUUCACUGAACGUUAUCCCAGCAUCAUCUAUAACAUCCUUCUCUUUGGCCUAACAAGUGCUCUGGGCCAGAGUUUCAUCUUCAUGACUGUGGUGUAUUUUGGGCCCCUGACCUGCUCCAUUGUCACCACAACCCGCAAGUUCUUCACCAUCUUGGCUUCAGUCAUCUUGUUUGCCAACCCUAUCACCAACUUGCAGUGGUUGGGCACCAUCUUAGUAUUUCUUGGACUCGGACUGGAUGCCAAAUUUGGGAAAGCAUCCAAGAAAACUUCGCAUUAAGAAGACUGGAUGGUUCUCGUGAAAACCUCAAGCCUAACAAACUGUUAACUUAUUGUCUUACUCCCUGGCACCAGUUACCAGUACGGACUCAGGAGGAGUGCUUGGGGAACAGGGAUGGGGUUUUAUGGGGGGUAUUUUGUUUUUAUUCGGAAGUCCGGUGUUUUGUUUUUAUAAUGAAUGCUUUUGUUUUAAUUAAAAUCAAGAUGAUGAACUUUCUCUGCAGCUGCUGCCCCACUUCCCUCCCCUCAUCUUACCCCACCCCAUGGCAAGGAAUCAAAGCUGGAAUUUUUGGAUGGCAAAAAGGUGAUAUUCUCAACAGAAUGAGAGGAACACUUCAUAAAAAUAAAGGGACGAGAGAGAAGGAAA